UUCCCUUCACCUGAUUCACAGAAUCACAAUGGAAUCUUCUCAAUUUCCCUCCCUUCUCUUUUUCCUCCUCACCGCAGCCUUCCUCGCCGUCGCCGCCGCUGGCCGUGACCUCACCGGCGAUCAUCUCCGCCUUCCCUCCCAAGCAGAAAGAUUCUUCCGUGAACCCGAGAACGAUGACAACGUUCAAGGGACUAGGUGGGCCAUCUUACUUGCCGGUUCCAGUGGCUACUGGAACUACAGGCAUCAGGCUGAUGUUUGCCAUGCCUAUCAAAUCCUGAGGCAAGGUGGCCUGAAAGAAGAAAAUAUUAUUGUUUUCAUGUAUGAUGACAUUGCUUACAAUGAAGAGAACCCUAGGCAGGGAGUCAUCAUUAACAAACCAGAUGGGGGUGAUGUUUAUGAAGGAGUUCCAAAGGAUUACACUGGAGCAGAUGUUACUGCUAGCAACUUUUAUGCUGCUUUACUUGGAAAUAAGUCCGCUCUUACUGGCGGCAGUGGGAAGGUUGUGGAUAGUGGCCCCAAUGAUCAUAUAUUUGUAUACUAUACUGACCAUGGAGGUCCAGGGGUGCUUGGGAUGCCUGCUGGUCCUUACUUAUAUGCAGAGGAUCUGAUUGAAGUCUUGAAGAAAAAGCAUGCUUCCGGAACAUAUAAAAGCCUAGUAUUUUAUCUGGAGGCAUGUGAAUCUGGGAGUAUCUUUGAAGGUCUUCUUCCUGAAGAUAUCAAUAUCUAUGCAACAACAGCUUCAAACGCAGAAGAAAGCAGUUGGGGAACCUAUUGCCCUGGCGAGUACCCUAGUCCUCCCCCAGAAUAUACAACCUGCUUGGGUGAUCUGUACAGUGUUGCUUGGAUGGAAGAUAGUGAUAUACACAACCUGCGAACAGAAUCCUUGCACCAACAAUAUAAAUUGGUUAAAGACAGGACUAUCAGUGGAAGUGAAUACUAUGGCUCUCACGUGAUGCAGUAUGGUGAUAUAGGUCUUAGCAGCAAUCAUCUCUUCCUAUAUUUGGGAACAAAUCCUUCUAAUGAUAAUAUUACUUUUGUCGACGAAAACUCCUUGAGGACACCUUCAAAAGCAGUCAACCAACGGGAUGCUGAUCUUGUCCAUUUCUGGGAUAAGUUCCGCAAAUCUCCUGAGGGUUCUCGAAGGAAAAAUGCAGCUCAGAAACAAGUUCUGGAAGCAAUGUCUCACAGAAUGCAUGUAGACAACAGUGUGGAGCUUAUUGGAAAGCUCUUGUUUGGCAUUGAAAAGGGUCCAGAAGUGUUCAAAUCUGUUAGACCUGCAGGAUUGCCACUUGUUGAUGACUGGGUCUGCCUGAAAAACAUGGUAAGGACUUUUGAGACACAUUGUGGAUCGCUGUCUCAAUAUGGGAUGAAACACAUGCGGUCUUUUGCGAACAUCUGCAAUGCAGGAAUACAGAAUGAGCAAAUGACUGAGGCCUCCUCACAAGCUUGUGUCAGUGUUCCUGCUAAUCCCUGGAGUUCUCUGCAAAGGGGUUUCAGUGCAUAGUUCCUAAAAUGCACACUUGUAAAGACCAAAGCACAAUGCUGCUACAUUAUGUUUCAUGGCUGUAUAUACAUGUUUAUCCUGUUCAUCAUUUCUCGUCCUGCCUCUGUAAAUACAAAUAGGACGCGCUGCAUCUACGUUUGUGAUCCAGUUAUUUGGUUGUAUCAUAGCAAGAAAAGCAAUUUCAAGGCAUGGUGGCUUUGGCAUACAGAAGGAUAAAGGACCAAUAGCUUUGGAAUCUCCUGUGAUUUUAUUGAGGAGGCAAUUGGCAGAUAUGGUCUUUACCUUGGCGCUUUGCAGCAGAAUUGACAACCCUUUGUAUAAUUAAUUUAGAAGAAUUGUAAUAUGUGGUAGACUUAUUGUUUAAUAUUUUAAUAUUGAUGUUGAACUAGAACAUCGUAUUUGUUGCUGUAUAAUAUUGGAACUGCAUUACACUUUGGUGCAUUUGCAACCGAAUGAUUAUGAUGGAGUAUAUCUAUUUUAUUUUA